AUGGACGAUGGACGCGGAAAUCUGCUACCACAUGCAAAAUACAUAUGGAAAUGUAUGAUGAGGAGGUAUGAACAUCCAAUGACAGCUAACGUAAACGGAGGCCAAAACCGGUUUAUCAAAAAGGUGUAUACUGCUCUGUAUCCGCCGGAACGGAAAGAAGUGAUUUCAUUUGUGGUAAUUACAUACGAAUGGAUUGGAAAACCGUUCAACUUCAGAGUGAUACCUAUUCCGAUAAAGAAUAAACGCGGAGGCCCACCAAUACCUCACCCACCACCAGGCUCAAAAGAUUGGCAGGCGGCGUCGUUUCAAGGCAGUGCGAUGGCUGCGCUUCCAGCCACUUGUUCUGCUUACUUCGGCGACUGUCCAUUAUACGCUGUAGGCGCAGUGGACUUCAAUGUCGCCGCUUCCAUAAUCCUCGGCGGAACCAUUGUGGAACCGUCUAAAGUUUGCAGUAAAGUUCCUCAAGGUUAUCGCGAAUGCGGAACUUUUGUGAUUGACCUGUCUAACUUUGUUACUGAUGCGGAGUUGAGGCGAGAUGACAACGGUUGCUGGGGUAAACCUGCUGGCAAUUCCAGGUAUUAUAAGAUAGAUCCUAACACGGGUGACGCAGUUAGGGUCGAUCGCGGAUGUAAGCUCAUCGAAGGUGCCGAGUAUGAUGUGCAGAUUCUUUCAAAGCGUUAUGAACAUCCUUCUGUAAAUGGUAGAUUUGUUCGGAAAAUAUACACGGGUAGAAGUCCCUCAAAUAGCAGAGUCUACGAAAAUUGCAUGCUAUUGGCUGUCAUGACUUAUUAUUGGAAAGGAGAACCAGAAUAUUUUGAAGUAGGACCGCAAAGAAGGGUUAGGAUUCCAGAAGAUGCGGAGCGUCAACGACUAUUGAAUCAGAUCUAUGCUGGUCAUGCUGCACCUGUCCUUACUGCUGGUGAGUACGCUACUACUACUGAAGUACUUCUAAAGUGGUCGAAAAGCCGUUUACCUGGCCAUGUGCACUGGCUUCUGAUAAGUGUCACUGUGUUCGAUUUCAGGUUAGGAUUCCGCAAAAGUACUGGACUUUGAUC